AUGGCUGCUGCAAAACUUCCUCAGGCCGUACAGACUGGGUUCUCGUCACGUCUACGGCUGGAACAGACUUCAUUAUUUAUUUCUACUCAGCCUGUAGUACGCGCCACGAAACGUGCAACUGCCAAUUUGAUUAGCUAUGCUGAGAUUGAAGAGGAUUACGAUGACGAUGAUGAGGACCCUUCGUUUGGUCCCGAUGGCAGUACUGGGUAUGGCAGCACUCCUGCUCCAACGAGCCAUCAACAAUCACAAUCUCAAGAACCUGCAGAACCAAAAAAAGUAGAAGUCAAACGACCAGCGGUGCGAACUAGGCAUCCUCUCUAUACGGAACAACAACUGGUGGAUAUUGCCCAAAGAGAAGAGAUUCUAGUACCAAUUAAACUUGCGCUGGAAUUUGAUACUUAUAGAAUAACAGACUUUUUGAUGUGGAAUUUAAAUGAACAAGUUCUGACGCCAGAAUCGUUUGCCAUCAUUACAUGUAAUGACCUGGAAUUACCAGUGGGUUAUACAAACACUAUAUCAUCAUCAAUCAAAUCACAAUUGGCAGAGUAUAGCUCAGUGGCAAAUAUACAGCUGCCACGUGACUGUGGAAUUCACGUCAUUAUCCACUUAUCGGUGAACCUUGAUAAAGAAUUAUAUGAGGAUAAGUUUGAGUGGGACUUGGGCUGUGAUCUAACGCCUGAGAUGUUUGCUCAAAGUGUUGUAAAGGACCUUGGCAUAUCAGGAGAGUUCUAUCCUGCUAUAGCUCAUGCUUUACAUGAUGUUCUAAUUCGUAUGAAAAAAGAGGCUGUUGAGGGUCACCUGCCUCAAGAAGUUGACAACCUCGCUGCUUUUGGUGCAGAGGCCGGUUGGAGAGUUGACCAGGAACUUCUUGGUGCUGAAUGGGCACCUACUUUAGAGAAACUGUCCCAAGAAGAGAUUGAAAGACGCGAAAUUGAAAGAGAAAGAAAUAUUCGUCGUCUGAAACGUGAGUCGGCCCGGAUGGGCGAUAUUACGGACAUUGGCGGUCUAUUUGGAGGCCGAAGCAAGCGACGAAGAUAUGACUCGCCUUCUCAAGGUGGUUCUCCUGCAUUCUGGUAG